CUCACUUUUGCAAGCUUCUCCUGCUACCAUUGAUUCUCCUUCCUCAUAUAACCCAGGCCAUCACACAGCGUCCAGCCAACAUAGUCAUGGGAGGGGAGUGGUUGAAUUCCAUGCCUCAAGAAAUUCGCAGGAGCGAUCUGGGCAGAGGCACAAACACGAAUCCGGCAAUGCGAGACUGGGUAGCCGAAAUUGGUAUCAAGGCGGCCAAUGGGACGAAGGGCGAUCAAGCUGGUCACAUUAUCGGGAAGAACCAGGGAGGACUGGGAACUGUCAAGUGGAACAUCUUCCCACAGAAUGGCAACUUCAACAUGGGGGCUUAUGCACAGAAUGUGGAGCGAUUGGUGAGUGAUGCCACCAAGACUAAUGGUGUGGUAAAGAUGUGGUUCCAGUUUGUGUAUGGUGAUCGGAACAACCCUUGCCGCCCCUCCAGCUUUAAGUACUAUCUGGUUGCCAACGACGUUACAAUCAAUAACGCUUUGGCCAAUCCAGUUCCUUGACUAGAGCGAAGAUAAUGCAGAGCUACUUCUCAAGAGUCGUAAAUAAAACAGCUAGUCCUUGCUCUUAA